AAAAGGCCAGAUAUUAACAAAACUCAUGAAACGGUGGCAACCCUAUAACACAAUUACCAUUUAGUUGUUUCUAGUAAACUUGACGAAUAUUAAAUUUUCCGAACAUGUUGCGCAAACUGGGCAGACUGUUGGGCCAGCAGGUGGGCCAGCAAGCACGUUUCACCACAGGCUGCCGCACAUUCUCCUCGACAAGAGCGCUGCGCAAAGAUCCAGCGCCUCAAGAGGCGCACAAUGCACCUCCUAGAAACAUCCUGGUAGAGAAAGACAAGAACAUUACGCUAAUCGGCAUUAAUCGACCGCAGCAGCGCAAUGCCAUUGAUUCUCUAACAGCAUCUCAACUUUGUGACGCUUUUGCUAAUUUCGAGGCAGAUGACACUUCGCCUGUGGCCGUGCUAUACGGCGUGGGUGGCUCCUUCUGCUCUGGCUUUGACAUCCUGGAAAUUAGUACCGACGAGAAAGAGGAAAUCAGCGUUGACAUUCUUAUGCGUCCGGAAGGCUCCGUGGGGCCUACUCGUCGUCAAAUCAAGAAGCCAGUAGUAUGUGGCAUCAAUGGCUAUUGUAUAGCUAACGGCCUGGAACUGGCUCUUAUGUGUGACCUGCGCGUCAUGGAGGAGUCUGCUGUACUGGGCUUUUUCAAUCGUCGCUUUGGUGUUCCAAUGCUCGAUGCCGGCACUAUUCGCCUGCCGGCUAUGAUCGGUUUGUCCCGUGCUCUGGAUCUGAUUCUCACAGGUCGUCCGGUGGGAUCCCAAGAAGCUCACGACAUUGGCCUGGUCAACCGGAUAGUACCUACGGGCACUGCACUAGGCAACGCCCUCGAGCUGGCCACUUGUCUGGCGAAGUUCCCACAACGCGCGCUUAUUCACGACCGCAAUUCUGUCUACUCGAGCGCUUUCGAGACCUCGACGUUCCACCAGGCGGUUCAAAACGAGGUGAUGUUCACUUCCCGAGAGAUAAUUGAGGACAUGCAGAACGGCAUUAAAUGGUUUAACCAGACCUUUAAGCCGGACACGACGCAUUCGUGGCUAAAGCGGGAUCGCUCUAUGGCCGACUGGGAUGAUGAGGAAGUGGCUGAGGCUGCUGCGCAAAAAGAAAAACUAAAGCAGGAACAGGAGGCUGCUCUAGCCGAGGCCGAAAAACAAAAGCAGGCCGAAAAGUCCCAAAAAAAGUCAAAGAAGGUUGAAGAAAAACCUGCUGAAAGCGUGGAGGAUAAGCCAAAGGAAAAAUAGUGAUGCAUUAGCUAAACAAAAUUAAUUGUUUCAAAUCAUUUAAUUUAAUUUUGUAAAUAACACUCUCAUAUGCAGUUUAAAGCUGUUCCAUUCGACCUUUCUAACUUAUUCAAAUAUAUAACUGUAAUCGGAAUAAGUUUUUUAAGGGAAAAUGAAUAUGGUCUUUUAAUUUUAUUUUGCCAUUAAAUUGCAAUGCACAUGAAAGGAUACUACAAAUAUAAAAAGGAAUAGUCUUGAAAAUCAAUAAGGAUUCAGUUACAACUGUCACCAAAUGCGUUAAAGAUAAGUUUUAAUUGUUGAAGUAGUUGGGAUCUAAUAUUAAAAAGAAUAAUCGGUAAGGAAUAAAAUGAUAAGAUAUAAAUAAAUAUAUGUACGCCAUCGUGUUUGAAAGCAAGCAAACUAAACAUA